AUGUCUGAGCUUAGCAAGAACUUCGAGACUCUUCAGCUGCACGGCGGUCAGGAGCCUGAUCCGGCUACCAACGCGAGAGCGGUUCCCAUCUAUGCCACAACCAGCUAUGUCUUCAAUGACUCCGCCCACGGAGCGAGGCUCUUCGGUCUCAAGGAGUUCGGCAACAUCUACAGCCGUAUCAUGAACCCUACUGUGGAUGUCUUCGAGAAGCGAAUUGCUGCCCUUGAGGGUGGUGUGGCCGCUGUGGCCGCUUCCUCUGGCCAGGCCGCUCAGUUGAUGGCUAUUUCGGCACUUGCCCAAGCUGGAGACAACAUUGUCUCCACCUCCAACCUGUACGGUGGCACUUACAACCAGUUCAAGGUCAUGCUGCCCCGAUAUGGCAUCAACACCAAGUUCGUCAACGGCGACAAGCCCGAGGAUAUCGCCGCUGCCAUCGAUGACAAGACCAAGGCUGUCUACCUCGAGAGCAUUGGAAACCCCAAGUACAACAUCCCCGACUUCGAGGCUAUCGCCAAGGUAGCACACGAGAAGGGUGUACCAGUCGUUGUCGACAACACCUUCGGUGCAGGUGGAUACUUCGUCCGACCCAUCGAGCAUGGCGCAGAUAUCGUCGUCCACUCCGCCACCAAGUGGAUUGGCGGCCACGGUACUACCAUUGGAGGCGUCAUCGUUGACAGCGGCAAGUUCGACUGGGGCAAGCACGCCAGCCGUUUCCCCCAGAUGGUCGAGCCCUCGGAGGGCUACCACGGGCUCAAGUUCUGGGAGACCUUCGGCGCUAUCACCUUCAUCAUCCGAGUCCGUGUCGAGAUCCUCAGAGACCUGGGCGCCUGCCUGAACCCCUUCGCUGCCCAGCAGCUGCUCCUCGGUAUCGAGACCCUGAGCUUGCGUGCUGAGAGGCACGCCUCCAACACACUGGCCCUGGCCCAGUUCCUCGAGAAGAGCCCGUACGUCAGCUGGGUGUCCUACCCUGGCCUGGCCAACCACCCCUCGCACGAGCUUGCGAAGAAGUACCUGAAGCGCGGCUUUGGCGGUGUCCUCAGCUUCGGCGUCAAGGGUGGCGGUGCCGCUGGUAGCCAGAUUGUCGACGGCUUCAAGCUGAUUUCCAACCUGGCCAACGUUGGUGACUCCAAGACCCUGGCUAUCCACCCGUGGACUACAACUCACGAGCAGCUCUCCGAUGAGGAGAAGAUCAGCUCUGGUGUGACUGAGGAUCUCAUCCGUAUUUCUGUCGGCACCGAGCAUAUUGACGACAUCAUUGCCGACUUCGAGCAGUCUUUCAAGGCUGCCGAUGCGGCUACCAAGGGCGGUGACGAGGGCAAGCCGGCUGAGAAGAAGGAGGAGGCCGCUCCGACUGUUGUUUAA